AUUCGUCCCCGGAACGACCAGGCCAGGCGUAUACUUCCCAAGCGGUCGAAGAGAGAGCUCGAAAGAGCCUGCCUCAGACUCAAUAUAUGGAUCUGGGACGUCUGCAAGCGAAGGCACUGGUCGAUCCGAUAAUGCGGACGCAUCUUCUCCUGACGAUGGCGUACAGAAGAGUUUGCAGAUAGAUAUGAAGGGUCUGGUAGGAGAUGCGGUCGGAAACAUGAGUAUAGGUCCUUCGUACCGCGACGUUGUUCUUGCUGCACGAAAAGGCCUCUUCAUCAUCGACUUGGAAGCGCCAUUCGAAUUACCUCGUUUCUUACCUCAAGGAGGCACUUGGGAUGUAGCCGAUGUACAAUGGAACCCUCAUCCCGCUCGCGCAGAAUAUAUUGUUUCGACCUCAAGCGAAAAGCUCUUGAUUUGGAACCUUUUCAUGAGUGGGACCACGUCGAUAGAGCACGUCCUACACUCUCACUACCGUGCCAUAACCGACAUCAACUGGCAUACCCAAGAUCCCGAUAUUGUGGUCAGUACUGGAGUAGAUGCGUGGCUCUGGGCAUGGGAUCUACGAGCAUGUCAGAAGCCCGUCAUGGGUCUUAGCGCGUUCAAUGCGGGUGGCACCCAGGUGAAAUGGAACCGACAAGAUGGAAACGUGUUAGCAUCGUCGCAUAUGAAUGAAGUCUUGAUCUGGGACCGCCGAAAAGGUUCAAUACCCACCAAACGUAUCAAAGCUCACACCGCCAAGAUAUAUGGUAUUGACUGGGCUCACAAUAGCUCUCGUGAACUCCUCACUUGUUCUCUCGAUAAAACUAUCAAGAUUUGGGACGUUCUUGGCUACUCGGGCCACACAUCCACUUUCGAAGAUGACCCUAGUGCCGUGGACUUUAUAUAUACACCAAGCGAAUACAUGGAUCAACCACGGUCGGUGAUACAUACUACCUACCCGGUGUGGAGGGCCAGGGACCUGCCGUUCGGAAAGGGGGUAUUGAGUUUACCGCAGAGGAGUGAAACAACUUUAGAGAUGUUUGUGCAUGCCAGUGAAGGAACGGGAGUCGACCCCGACUCGCCGGUGGAAGUGUUUGAGGGUCACACGGAUGUUGUGAAGGAGUUUGUGUGGCGUCGCGGAGGACCCGAUUGGAACGACUUCCAGCUCAUCACGUGGUCGAAGGACAAGACUCUUCGCCUGUGGCCCGUGAACCCAGAUGCCAUGCAGCGGGCAGGACAACCUACGGGAAUCCCUGCCCCUGCCCGCGCUCAAGGUUAUGCCGACAGCAAGAUUUCCUUCCGCACGCCACCAGCAGUCAAAGAACCAGCUCCAGCCCUCUCAGCACCCGUGGGUCACCGAGGCAUCCUCGCCGAAGUUCGCGCUGCACAUCCAUCCCGUCCUCUUAGCCAUGUACAUCGCAAGCGUACUUCGGGUCAUCGAACCGCUGCGUCGUCGCACCGCUUGCAUAACACGCCGCAAGCCCCUCCGCAUUCACAUGUCAGUGGUCUAGCCACAUCCUCGUCGGAACCGGACUCUACGCCCACCGCUACGUCCGUUCCAAUACCUAUCUCAGCAGCAAGGGGCACAAUGUCCAGAGGAAACAUGGGCGGAAAGAGCGCGAAGAUCGAAGCCUUCCACUGGUUGUCUUCCGUCAAAGUUGGAGAGAAACCGGGUGGCCCGGGCAGCGGUGGUCGUGAUGGUGCCAGUUCCGGGACUGGUAGUGGGCAAAACAGUGGCAAUGUGAGUAGGAUGGGCAGUCGGAGUAGACAGAGUUCGAGAGAGCCGGCGCGAUCGAGGUCUGGUGGGAAAAGUGUGGCCAACAAUGGCUUAGGACUACCGAGUACACUGAGUGGCCCUGUGUGGUUGCCUGGAGCCAUUGGGAGGGAUAGAGAUACGUCUGGAUAUACAAAGAGGAGCGCAAGUGCUGGUAGGUGGGAAGGCGAAGAGGAGGGACAAAGCUUGCAGGAAGAGAUCACGUCCGUCUUGACCAAGUUAUCUGCGUUCAAGAUCAAGUUAGAGAAGCAUGACCUGACAAAACGACGGACUUGCACUUUGGGAUUGAACGGCCCUUGGGGCGAGUCCUCAUCAACCUCCGUUUUCAUUCGAGUAUCGUUCACCUUUCCGAAGGAAUACCCGCACGCCACACAUCCCGAUGGAACACCGACAGUCGAUCUCGAACGAUCUCCGCUCAUUCCAAUGCGCACUCGAGCACUCAUGCUACGGCGCCUGCGCGCAAUUCGUGAGCAACGCCGUCCGUGUCUCGAAGCAUGUCUCCGCUUUCUUCUGUUCCGGAACGAAGACGAGCAUGAGCGUCAGCCUCUUCAUAUGGACUUCGAGAGUUCGUCUGACGAGGAGAGCCCGUCAAAGGUUCGAAGAGCAAAGGAUGCGGUGACGACGGAUUCUUUUGGGGCCGCAAAGAAUAUUGCUGAGCCUAGGACGUCUCAGGGCGUUUUUGGGCCUAACGGACAACUAGUAUGCUUUAGCCGAGCACCUAUUCGAAUCGUUCGUAAUCCGAUGCACGAGCUCUCGGUAUCACCAUCCGUACCACAGCGUCCUGUCGAAAGCAUUCCGCGUCUCUUCCAGUCACCUGCUCUUCUUUCCGAUGCCGUUCGUCGACUUACGGUAGCCUCGCACGACCGCCAAAUAGCGACCCCCGAGUUUCAUCGAGGAGGGGACGAGGGUGAUAGUAUCCUCACUAUCAUGACUAACCUUCUUGUGUUCUCCCGCCUGAAGCAACGCCGAGCAUCGGAACAAUCACGGCUGUUUGAAGAAAUACCAGCGAGCUAUUCUUUAUUGCCUCCCCAGGUUAUCACAGUUCACCUGCGCAACGCGGGAUAUGUGGUAGGAGCUUGUAGGGAAGCGGCGAGCGAAUACGUGUUCGACGGGAAGGAUUUGGAGGAUAUGUGCGACAUUAACGGAGUGGUGGCAAGGAAAAACGAGAGAUGGGACCAUGAGAGGUUCUUCAAGACAAUGAAGUUAUUCGUACCGAACAAGAAGACGCAAGAAGCUGAGGGUGAUAAACGGAGAGCUGGGCCAUGGGGCUCAGACCCCCUAACGUAUCACCUUGUUACAGAGAUGUAUAACGGAUUUGCCCAAGAAAAGGACAUCCAAAUGCUAGGCAUGCUCUCUGUUAUGCUCCUCAAGUUGUAUCGAUCCACUCCACCACAACACAAAUCCCCUCCCGUACGAGUCGGAACGCCGCUCCGGGCUAUUUCGCGCCACCCAAGUGGCGAUUACUUCACACUUCGACGAGUCAAAGAUGGUCGCGGACCUCCUCUCUCUCCAGUCUGGCCUCGACCAGCGUCCUCUCCCACUGGUAACCCUGUCUCAGCUUCAUUUUCUUCGCUCUCUUCUCGGGGUUCGUGGUCCAGCCUUUUCAACACGAGCGGGAUGCGUCAACUCGUCGCCAGGGAUCAAGAUAUCUCAAAAGAACCCAUCCUUAAUCGUAGGCCUUCAGAAAGUGAUGUCAGGACAGCAGGGAUACCGGUGCCUGGCGGCGGUCGAAAGCACAUCGUACUUUCUGGAUCAGAAUCACCGAGGAAAAGAGUCCCGGAUUCACCUCAAAAUCCAAGUGCGACCUCUCCAGUGCCGGUAGCCAAAUCGUGGGGUGACGUCGCUACGCGGAUUCCGCUGAGCUUUGCUCCUGCACAUGUGAGAACUCCAACGUUUUCACAGGUUGUUAGCGCGAAGCCAGUGGUAGCCAACAAGCAUUUGGUCCUACGCGACUUCCCGACAGAGUUGCAGAAGGGACAAGAACAAGAGCUGAACCUCUUUCAGCCGCAGUUCCUUGAGCAGCUCGUUGAUCAUGUUCUCGUUUAUGCCGAGAUCCUCUUCAGAUGGCAGUUUUUGCACAAGCGAAUCGAGCUCCUGAAGGCAGUGGACCGCGACCUUCAGGCUUUAGCCAAACCCAUUGGCGAACCCGAACGCAAUCGGCUUGGCGUCGCCGUUUUAUGCUUACGUUGCGGGAACGAUGCUACACCUCGCGGUCAUCGUCUGUGCUCCGCUUGUGGACAGCGGCUCACUAUGCCGCUCUGUGCAAUAUGUCGCUUGCCGGUCAAAGGGCUUUCAUAUAGCUGUCUGUUGUGUCAUCACGUCAACCACAUUAAGUGCUGGAAAGCAACAAAGGCAUCUGCGUGCGCUGCCGGCUGUGGAUGUUUGUGUAAGAGCGGGGAUAGUGUGGCAGAUGCACAGAGCGCCGCCGGUCGUUAUGUGCUGUCGCCACAAUCUUUUUCUGUGCAAGAGCUUCCUCCGGACUAGUUGUGUAAUAUAUGUGUAAUAUGGC